UGGCCAUAAUGCAUUUGGUAACAUUUUUUUAUUAAACGAUUAAACAGAAGAUGUGAAUUUUUAUCUGAUUUAAGGGAAUUAAUGUCAGAAAUACAAUAUUUCUUCGAGUAAUCGACCUGAAAGAUAGUGAUUUUUCGCGUUUUUCUUUCUGCUGAAAUGAUACUUUCAAUAACCGUUCUUUGAACACGAAAUGAAAAAUUAAGUAUAUUUUCAACGCAUCUAGACACCUAAGGAACGGGUUCAUCAACUCAGAUAUAUUAAAUAAACAUCAGUAAAAUAGUUCAUACUUUUGAAAAUUCGCUCAUUUGUAAACAUAAUAGUCUUAAUCAAUAAAAAACGGGUGGCGAGUAGACGCUGGCUUACACAGUUACGUGUAUUCUAAUGUUAGGUUUGUAUAUAUGCCUUAUUUAAAUUUGUUAAAUCAAAAUAAAAGUAAACUAACAUUAGUAAACAUGAAAAAAACAACAUAAAGGCCUCGUGUUGUAUUACAAUAUAAAUGUGUACAAGUACAGGCGAAUAUUUUUAGAAAGUGGGGAAACCUAAGUGUAUCUAUUUUUAGACUUAACAUAAUUGAGGAAAUGCCAUGUUUACAUUUAAUGACAACGUCAUGUGAUUUUGGGUAUUUUACUCUUUAAAUAGAGCUGAUGAUAGUUCCGUUCUGAAAGAGGUCCUAUAUUUUCAUUUCUGAUUUUGCCACGGCUGAAUGAAAAAAGAUGAUUUUCCCAGUAUUAUUCCUACUUGAAACGUUUAAGAUCGAGACGUUGAGAGUGUACCCAAGAGUACAUUACUUCCAAAGAAGAUUUAGUGACCUUUUGCCAAGACUGAAACGAGUGAUUGGCGCAUUCCCAAAAAGUUUCCAUAUUGAGAAAGCCAUCCAAGAAAUCGAUGACUUAAACGACAAAUUCACGAAGAAGUUGAACAUAGUUGCCAUAGGACACAGUGAACUUGAAUUUGCAAAUAUUGUAGUUUCAACAAAGCCAUUUGAAAUAGAAAAGAUUUCAGACCUUAAAGAACCACCAAGUAUUCACUUGUUCUUGUGCUACACGAAAACAGACUCGUUGGAUCAAACUGGAUUGAAGAACAUCAGUUCAGUUAUCGAUAAAUUCUACGACGACUUCGGAAAUGGAAAACCACAUUUGUUUGAAUACAUGUUUGUUGUAAUUGACACCGUACGUAAUCACACUGACGAGGAGCAAGAUUUGUUUCGGACAGAAGUACAUGAAGUAAUACGUAGUAAGCUUCAGGACACUGAUGAUCAAACGUAUCAAGACAGAAUAAUAAUUGGUUCUCAUGGAACUGUUCUUGGUAGAAAAAUAUCGGAAUUGCUUGAAACAAUGUUAGUUGAUGGCUUCCAUAAAGUUAUGGCAUUUCUAGAUCGUUUUGUACGGAAAACAAAACAGUAUAAUUCGGAAAUUGAUAUCAUCCAUACCGACCUUGUAGUUAGAUCGAUCCAGGCCUUUCUACGAGAUGACAUUGGUCUUGCUGACAUGAGAAAAAUAGCAGAAAGUGAAACUUUAAAAGAAACUGACGGAGUUAGCCUUGAUGAAACAUUUCUAAAUCUGCUUUUAAAUAAGCUUGCUCGACUUGUUAAAUGUGCAAUUGUCGAACCAUGCGCUACGACGUUCAAUAUUCCAUCUUGGGUUGUAAACCAACUUCUUGUUGAAAUAGACUUUGAGCAAAGGCUAGUCGAAUCUGUUUCGAAAAAUACGAAACAUCAUUUGCGAAAACUAAACGAUUUCUGUAAGAACUUUGAAGAAAUCUUGAAGAGUUAUAAACGUAAAGCCAACAUGGGGAGAGGAAAGCACGGUGCAAGCCAGCAGGAAUAUUUCACCAGACUUGUUUCAUACAAAUUUGAUUUCAUUGUCUAUCCUCUGCAGAAUGAUAUGUCUAAAGUUAUAAGUGAUGCGGAAAAGACUAUGGCUUCUGCCGGACAUAUUAUUACUAUAAUGGGCAAAAUGAUGUUUGAAAUAGAGGGAUAUUUGGAGCAAACGAUAACAGAAAAAUACGAACCAAAAACGCAAACUGCAGAUGUGCCAAAAGAUCUCCGUAAUGCCAUUUUAGAGUUGAAAGACGUUUAUAGCACAGGUACAGUGUACGAUGUCUUCGAAAUUCAUGUACGAGAACAAACCACAGCACUAAAAGAAGACCUGUCAACACUAAUGCACAAACACGGAUACACUCAACCAUACCAAGUAAAAAUUGUUAAAAAAGAACCAGUCAAAAUGAUGGCAGAACGGGAAGAUUAUCAAAAACCUGUAUCCAGGUAAUAAAACCAAGUAUUAGGAAGUACUGUAUGUUGUUUUGCGGAAUGGAAACUGAAGUAACUGAACGUUAUUUCACGUGUUUACGUUUUUGGAAUAUCAAAACAAAUAAGAAAUUGAAGUUUAAAUUCGGGAUCGCGCUCUGAUUAGGAAAAAAAACGUACAAGGGAAUUUAUAAUCUGCUCAGGAACAAGGGACAUGCCGUUCAUUGAUACUCCAGCUAUUGCUGUAAACGAUGAUUUUGAAAGGCAGUGUAUCCUUCGAAUGAAACAUGAAAGUCGGUUGAAUAGAAAAUCUGUAAACAUUUCGAUAGAAAAGAUCAAAACAGUUAGUUUAAAAGAUUUGUUUACAAGCACGGAGAAAAGUUUGGGCUCACAAAAGGUAUCAUCUGCUCAAGUGACUUCUCUUUGUCGGGUACUGGAAGUAGAAUCUCUACCUUGCAGUGAUAGCUACCUGGCUUUAGCAGUUGCUUUAGCGGGAAAAGUGACAGCGGGGUGAUCAGUUACACAUUUACCGUUGAUACCGACGAUAUUAAAGUAGUAUCUACUAUCUUCUAUCUAAUAUUUACUAACUGGGACAGACACAAAUUUUUUUUUAUGGAGGAAAGUACUGCAAAAGCUAAAAGACAAAUCAGACGUGUCAUUGAAUAUACCAUAAAUUCUACAUUUUGUUUUACAAGCUCCAAAUUAAACGUUAUUAUUGUGAAAACUGAUAUUAUAUGUUUGCUAGCGUCUGUGUAAAUCGGACUAAUUUCAUUUAUUUUCCAAGCAAUGUCUAAGUUUAUCUGUAUGUCUGACAUGAACAAGUGUAUGUAUUGUUUUGUAUGAAUAGCGACUUUUGACUUUGAAUAUUAAAUAAUGGAAAUCGAAACAAUGUUAAAUAUUGUUUGAGAAGAUGAGAUUUAAAAUUAAUGCGGGUACAGCUGCGCACUAUAUGUUUUAGUUUUAUGGCACUUGAGAUCUUCAAAUUCAGAACACAGCAACUUUCAUACGGCAUAGCCAUACACGUUCUGAACGUUUAGGGAUGGCAAACCACUCAAUAAAGUCUUUGGACAACUUUCAGCUUUUCUACACGCUUGCGCAUGAAUACUUGUUCAACCUCUAGUAAUAGUUUACAAUUUUUGUCAUUCAAUUUGCUGUUUAUUUAUUUAGUUUUAUGUAAUACGUAUACUAAAUUUAUACUUUAACCUGAACAAAAUAUAAGCUCGUUUAUACUUUG